CAGAAGAAAAGGUAAUGGCGACGCAAUUAGGGUCUGAGUCCCCUUGUAAAGGGGCGAGACGAAAGAGCCGUAAUGGGAAUAUAAUCACAAAUAUCACACAGGGCCAGAUUACCGGACGGGGAUUUAGUCGAGGAACUCAGAUCCCCGAGGCCUUGCUGCAGGAGAGAGACAAGCAGGCCAAAUGGCACGGCAUCCCCACCCUGCUGCAACACCUGCACCACAGCAGCCACCUCAACAGCGACUUCACGCACACACGCACCGUGCUCAAGGAGCUGUCGUCCCUGCUGUCCAUGGAGGCCAUGACGUUUGUGACGGAGGACCGCAAGACGGUGCAGGAGUCCUCCUUCCCCAACACCUACACCUUUGACCUGUUCGGUGGCGUGGAUCUGCUGGUGGAAAUCCUCAUGAGGCCUACCCUCACCACGCUAAAGAAGAAACCCAAGAUGAAUGAUGACCUGGUGAAAGACUGUCUAAGUGUUCUUUACAACUGCUGCAUUUGCACGGAAGGUGUGACCAAAAGCCUGGCGGCUCGGGACGACUUUGUGCUCUUCCUGUUUACGCUGAUGACCAAUAGGAAGACCUUCCUCCAGACCGCCACGCUCAUCGAGGACAUCCUCGGGGUCAAGAAGGAGAUGAUCCAGUUGGAGGACAUCCCCAACCUGUGUGGCCUGGUGCAGAGCUUCGACCAGCAGCAGCUGGCCAACUUCUGCCGCAUCCUGUCGGUCACCAUCUCAGAGCCCGACCUGGGCAACGACGACAAGCACACGCUGCUGGCGAAGAACGCGCAGCAGAAGCGCAACGCCAGCCCCUCGCGCGCCGAGAUGAACCAGGUGACGUUGCUGAACAUCCCCGGCUUUAUCGAGCGGCUGUGUAAGCUGGCGACGCGGAAGGUGUCUGAGGCUCCAGGGGCGUCCAGCUUCCUGCAGGAGCUAGAGGAUUGGUACAGCUGGCUGGACAACGUGGUGGUGCUGGACGCAUUCAUGCUCAUGGCCACCGACGAGGCAGAGCUCUCCAGCACAGAGUCGUCGGACGAGGGCAGUCUGGCCACCAGCCCGCUGCGCCACCGCCUGCCCCAGUCCAUGAAGACGGUGCACGAGAUCAUGUACAAGGUGGAGGUGCUCUACGUGCUGUGCGUGCUGCUCAUGGGGCGACAGAGGAACAUGGUGCACAAAAUGCUGGCGGAGUUCCGCCUCAUCCCGGGCCUGAACAACCUGUUUGACAAACUCAUCUGGAAGUACACGCCCACCAACCACGUGGUGCACGGCCAGAACGAAAACUGCGACUGCAGCCCCGAGAUCUCAUUCAAGAUCCAGUUCCUCAGGCUCCUGCAGAGCUUCAGUGACCACCACGAGAACAAGUACCUGCUGCUGAACAGCCAGGAGCUGAAUGAGCUGAGUGCCAUCUCUCUGAAGGCCAACAUUCCAGAGGUGGAGGCGCUCGUCAACACAGACAGGAGUCUGGUGUGUGAUGGGAAGAAGGGUCUCUUGACUCGCCUGCUCACUGUUAUGAAGAGAGAGCCACCGGAUUCUUCCUUCAGGUUUUGGCAGGCGCGGGCGGUGGAGAGCUUUCUGAGGGGAGCCACCUCCUAUGCGGACCAGAUGUUCCUGCUCAGAAGAGGCCUACUAGAGCACAUCCUGUUCUGCAUCAUCGACAGCGGCUGCAAGUCGCGUGAUGUGCUGCAGAGCUAUUUCGACCUGCUGGGGGAGCUAAUGAAGUUCAACAUCGAUGCCUUCAAGCGCUUCAACAGCUACGUCAACACGGAGGAGAAGUUCCAGACGUUUUUGACGCAGAUCAACAGCUCUCUGGUGGACUCCAACAUGCUGGUGCGCUGCAUAGUGCUCUCUCUCGACCGCUUCGAAAGCCAAACGGGUGAUGUCAAAGUGGUGGAGGUGUUGUCGGAGUGUGCUCUGCUCUCCUACAUGGCCCGAGUGGAGAACCGACUGUCUUUCCUCUUCAGACUUGUCAACAUCAUCAAUGUCCAGACGCUCACACAGGAGAACGUGAGCUGCCUGAACACCAGCCUGGUGAUCCUGAUGUUGGCGCGGCGGCGUGCCAAGCUGCCCUUCUACCUGAGCGCGCUGCGGGAGAAGGAGUACGCCGAGAAGUACCCCGGCUGCCUGCUCAACAACUUCCACCACCUGCUGCGCUUCUGGCAGCACCACUACCUCAACAAGGACAAGGACAGCACCUGUCUGGAGAACAGCUCCUGCAUCCCGUUCAGCUUCUGGAAGGAGACGGUGUCGGUGCUCCUGGAGCAGGUGCGGACCUCCCCGUGUGCCAUAGCCAGCUACAUCGACGAGCCUUACAUGGACCUAGAGCAGGAGCUGCUGGAGGACUAAGCCCCACUGGAGGCCAGCUCUCUCCGGCUCGCUCACACUCACAGACAGCAGGCGGGGUGGGGUGCGGGUGGGGGUUAGGAUGGGGUGGGGUGACUGGCUUACUUCACCGGAAGAAGAGAAUGAUGGUGGAGAGUGGUGAAGGAGCACGGACUCUUGACUGUUGAACAUCAGUAUCAUCAUCAUCAUCAUCAUCAUCAUCAUCCCUACAGCCCGCUGUCUAUCUGAAUGGGCUUCUCCAUUCUUCCUGGACUGAAUGCCUGUCCGCCCGAAUGCCUGAACUGUGAAUAAGGUCCCUUGAAGCCAGGGCAAGGCAGCCCCAUACUCAGCCCCAGUUCUGACCCCUUACCCCCCCCAAUCUGCAUCUGUAUCCCACUACCACCACCAUCACAGUGGCCCAUAACACCAGGCAUGCUGCCUGCCCUGCCCCACAAAAGAUGACAGUUGAACAGGGAGGUGUGUAGGUACUGUGACACCCCCCUCCACCACCACCCCACAUCCCCCACGCCUCCUAUACACCCCUUUUCCUCCUCGGCUCUGAGGCAGUGGCCACCCCAUGCUUGCACACUCACAACCCCACACCACCCCACCCAACCCCCCAAUCGGCAUGUGGGUUUGUUUGUUUAUUUGUUGAUCCAGAGGGGCCUAGGGGGAGGCUCGGGCCUCUCGCUGUACAAUAAGAGUGGUGAAGAAGCCUUUUUCUAAGAAGUAAGUUAUCUAUAUAAAUAAAGCAUACAGAUAAAGAGUAUCGAGCAUAAGGUUGUGAUGCAGUACAUGGGUGAGGUGUAGUUUCAAUGGAGAAAUGCAGUUGGUUAGGAAUGAGUUUGUUUUGUUUUAUUUUGUUUGUUUGGGGUUUUUUUUUGGGGGGGGGGGGGGGG